CCACCUCCAGAAGGAACCCCUGCACCAGCUCAGGCCCCUCUGGUAAAUUCCCCCACUUCUACUUCACCACCAACAUUGGUCACCAACACAAACAGUGUGCCGCCACCUGCCAAUACCAAUGUACCGAGUCCGUCUCCAUCGGGCCGUAGUACCCCUUCACAACCUCCCAGCCCGGUAUCGUCAAGCGUGAGCUCCAUCAGUAAGUCAUUGGGUAAGCGCCCGAAGAGUGUCUUGACAUCAGAAAGAAGCGAAGAAAGUGAGUCGAGCGAGAGAACAGAGCAAACAGAUACCGAAGGAGAAGGAACCUCGGAACCCAUGACUCUCAAUGAAAUCGAGUUGGUGUUCAAACCACACCCUACUGAAAUGUCGGGGGAUAACCCUUUAGUCAAGGCCCUUAAAGAAAAUUCUAUCAGAGGAAUCUUGUUUUUUCAGGUCUUUGACAAAUACUGGAAAGUGAAUAAGCCGUUGGAAAUGUUCUAUUCUUGGAAGAAGACAUAGGGAAUGCGUAAGGGGCCAAAGAAGGCUCCCUAAAUGGGAUCGAUGAGUGAAGCCAGUUGAGAAUCGUAUUUAGUGAAUUAUAUUUAAUGUGAGUGAUGAUGCAGGUUAGGAAUUUUGUGUGUUGGACUAAUUUAUUGAAAGGAAGGUGGGCAGAAUAAUAAUGAAAAUUUUUCAAAACCCUCUCAGUCCAAAACAAAUCUAAUUUGAUUACUUUGGUCAAAUCGAAUAACAAAAUUGUCCGAAGUAUUCAUAAUGAUAAAUAUUAAUGGUAAGUUGGAUUAGAUGACUAGGGGGAGGGCAUUUAAAAAAUGAAACAUUUUGCAUAUGUCAGACCCGUUUUUUGUAUAAAAUGUUUCCAUUGUAAUAGCUGUAAGUGUUCUUUUUCUUCAAAAGAUUUUGCUGAGCAAAGUUGAUAGCUUUACUAUUUUGAAAGAAUUGUAAACAAAUAGCUUUUUGUCAGCUCUGUAACCUAAAUAUUAAAGCUACAUAUUAAAACUCG